UGUGCACGUCAACACAGUGACCAUCAUCAUAUACUCAAAAUAUCAGCUACAUAAGAACUGAAGCUGAGGAGUCGCAAGUCACUCAGCAGUGAUCAAAGGCACAGUUGAGGGGGUUUGUGCUGACCAAGCUAGUUGCCUGGUGUUUGGAUUGGAACAUAUUUACUUUGAAAAUAUGCACCAACAGCCCAGCACCAAAGUUCACAUAGAAACCCUGCUGGUGACCUUGGUUGCUUCCAUCUCUGCAGUACCACUUCUCAGAAGCUAAGAGCUUUAGCUCUGCCAAAAUGAAACACCCGCUCCACUUGCUUCUCCUUUCCCUCAUCAUAACAUCUGUGUGCGGAGGUAGCAAAGGCCUGCUGGAUCAGCUUGAGAAAGCAGGGGAAAUGGUUAAGUCUGCAGAUCCCCAAUGGGAACAAUUGAAUAAUAAAAACCUGAGCAUUCCCCUUCUCCCUGCUGACUUCCACAAGGAAAACACAGUCACCAAUGAUUGGAUUCCAGAGGGGGAGGAGGACGAUGACUAUCUAGACCUGGAGAAGAUAUUCAAUGAAGAUGAUGACUACAUCUACAUCAUUGACAGUCUGCCUGUUUCCCCGACAGACUCUGAAGUGAAUAUUGGGAACAUCCUUCAGCUUUUCCAUGGCAAGAGCCGGAUCCAGCGUCUUAACAUCCUCAAUGCCAAGUUCGCUUUUAACCUCUACCGAGCACUGAGAGACCAGGUCAACACUUUUGAUAAUAUCUUCAUAGCACCCGUUGGUAUUUCUACUGCGAUGGGUAUGAUUUCUCUAGGUCUGAAGGGAGAGACCCAUGAACAAGUACACUCAAUUUUGCAUUUUAAAGACUUUGUGAAUGCUAGCAGCAAGUAUGAGGUCAUGACCAUUCAUAAUCUCUUCCGUAAGCUGACUCAUCGCCUCUUCAGGAGGAAUUUUGGGUACACGCUGCGGUCAGUCAAUGACCUAUACGUCCAGAAGCAGUUUCCAAUCCUGGAUGACUUCAAAACCAAAGUGAGAGAGUACUACUUUGCUGAGGCCCAAGCGGCUGACUUCUCAGACCCUGCCUUCAUAUCGAAAACCAACAACCACAUCCUGAAGCUAACCAAGGGCCUCAUCAAAGAUGCUCUGGAGAAUAUAGAUCCUUCUACUCAGAUGAUGAUUCUCAACUGCAUCUAUUUCAAAGGAUCUUGGGUGAAUAAAUUCCCAGUGGAAAUGACACACAACCACAACUUCCGACUAAAUGAGCGAGAGGUGGUCAAGGUUUCCAUGAUGCAGACCAAAGGAAACUUUCUUGCAGCAAAUGACCAGGAGCUUGACUGUGAUGUCCUUCAGCUGGAGUAUGUGGGGGGUAUUAGCAUGCUCAUUGUGGUCCCACAUAAGCUGUCUGGCAUGAAGACCCUUGAAGCACAGCUGACACCCCAGGUGGUGGAGAGAUGGCAAAAAAGCAUGACAAACAGAACACGAGAGGUACUUCUGCCAAAAUUCAAGCUGGAGAAGAACUACAAUCUGGUUGAGCCCCUGAAGUCCAUGGGGGUCACGGCACUGUUUGACAAAAACGGCAACAUGGCAGGAAUCUCAGACCAAAGGAUCACCAUAGACCUGUUCAAACACCAAGGCACCAUCACAGUGAAUGAGGAGGGUACCCAGGCCGCUGCUGUGACCACAGUCGGGUUCAUGCCACUGUCCACUCAAGUCCGCUUCACUGUCGACCGCCCCUUUCUGUUCCUCAUCUAUGAGCACCGCACCAGCUGCCUGCUUUUCAUGGGGAGAGUGGUUAAUCCCAGCAGGUCCUAGAGGUGGAGAUCUGCGUCUGAAGUGUUUGGGGGCACUAUGUCAUUUUUUUUUCCAUUCUAAUGAGAACAGAGAUGUCUUGGCUUCAUGACUUCCAUAUGCUAGCAUCAAUCUAAGUUCAGGGCCCAUAUGAGAGAAGGAACU